AAUAAGUUUCUCAAACAUAUAUCUUGGAAAUUGCUACACCAUCUCUAGAUUCAAUUCCAUGAGACCACCUAAAUACAGCAUGCACUUGGAUCUUCGUUUGCUGUUAUUUUAUGUCGUUCAUGCUGUAGUAAUGGUCUUUGCAGCAAACUCUGAUGGGCCUAGGCAUCAAUCACAAGACUGGUUAAACCACGGUGGAGAUUUGUUCAACAGGCGAUAUGCUUACAAAGAGCGUAAGAUCAGCCCCAAAACAGCACCGAACCUACGUUUGAAGUGGAAAUUCUAUGCAGGCAGAGACAUCACUGCAACACCAGCCAUAUAUGAUGGUACCCUUUAUUUUCCAAGCUGGAAUGGAAACAUCUAUGCAGUUAAAGAAGCCGAUGGAUCACUUGUUUGGAAGCAGAGCUUGCAGAAAUUGACAGGUCUGAAAGCACCUGAUGGCCUUGUUGAGAAUGUAAAUUCGACAGUGUCACGGUCAACUCCCACAGUGGCUGGGGAUUUACUGAUAAUUGGUGUCUAUGGCCCUGCUGCUGUUAUUGCACUCAAAAGAAAAACCGGUGAGCUUGUGUGGAAGACCAUUUUGGAUUACCAUCCUGCAGCACUCAUCACCAUGUCUGGAACGUACUACAACAGAGGUUAUUAUGUUGGAACAUCUUCACUGGAGUCUCUUGUACCCCUUGAGAAAUGCUGCACAUUCCGUGGAAGUUUUGUAAAACUUAAUCCUCGAUCUGGUGCCAUCUACUGGAGGACGUAUACGUUACCAGAUAACAAAAACACAAAAGGAGAAUAUGCAGGAGCUGCCAUUUGGGGAAGCAGCCCUUCCAUUGAUGUUGAAAGAAACCUCGUCUAUAUUGGCACUGGGAACCUCUAUUCUGCCCCGUUGCGCAUACAACAGUGUCGAGAGAGACAACUUAAUCAAACUCAGCCUACUCAACAAGACGAGUGUGUUGAACCAGACAACCACUCCAAUUCAAUCUUAGCCCUUGAUUUGGAUUCUGGGAAAAUCAUAUGGUACCGCCAGUUUGGAGGCUACGAUGUAUCAAUCUUACCAUGUAGUGAUACUUCAACACCCAGUCCUGAUUGUCCUCCUCUAGGAGACAAACCAGAUAUUGAUUUUGGGGAAGCACCAAUGAUGUUGACCAUAUACAUAAAUCGAACCAAGAAAGAUAUUGUUGUUGCGGUCCAGAAAAGUGGCUUUGCAUGGGCUUUAGAUCGGAAUAAUGGCAACCUCAUUUGGUAUAAGAAAGCUGGACCAUACGGCCUUGCAGGAGGUGGAUCAUGGGGUGCAGCAACUGAUGAAAAGAGGAUUUACACCAACAUUGUCAAUUCUGAUGCCAAAAAUUUCACUCUUGCACCAUCAAAUAAGAUUACAACAGCUGGUGGGUGGGUGGCAAUGGAUGCCAACAAUGGUAGAGUUCUAUGGUCAACAGCUAACCCCGGUAAUAGCACUGCUUAUGGCCCUGUUAGUAUAGCAAAUGAAGUUGCCUUUGCUGGAUCCGCGGAUAGAAUGGGAUACAUAUAUGCAAUUGAUGCCAAGAGUGGGAAAAUUUUAUGGUCCUAUAAAACUGAAGCCAGUGUCUAUGGAGGCAUGUCAAUCAGCAAUGGGUGCAUAUAUGUAGGUCAUGGAUACAAUGUUGCUUAUGGGUAUUCCUUGAACUUAACGAGUGGAAAGUUUCUCUUUGCCUUCUGUGUCUAACAAUUAGUGUGAUUAAUACGCGUGUUUGUAUUAGUUUUAUUUUAAAGAAUAAUUAAUUUUUAUUAGCUUUUUUAAAGAAAAAAGCUAUUAAAAAUUAUCUGUUUCAAAGUUAUGUGAUUAUCAAUUAAGUACAAAUUAUAAAUGGAUUAAUAUA